AAAAGACAGUUUAUUAAAAAAGUAGCAGGGGCCAAGGCCCUGGAGAUUUUUACAUAGCUCCUCUUAGACAAUAUCUAGUGUGUUAGAGCUCUCCAUUUGCAAAGAUUAAUCUGAAAUUUGAUAUAUACACAAACGCUAAAAAAUUCUCAAAAACUAGACAUUUAUACUGAUUAUAUAUUGAUAUAUACUUAUUUCAGUCUUAUAUAUCAUAUUUCAUAUAGGGGUGGUAAAAUGGGUUGAGCCCGUUAGGUUUACCCGUUUAAUCCAACUUCUUUGCUGAGACGGAUUGAGAUCUUCAAUCUGUCUUAACCAACCUUGCAUAAUCCUUAAAACGGGCUGUGAAUGGCGCGGGUUGCUGAAUGAGAUGGAAGUAAAGGGUGCCGGCUGGCCAAUAACUGGUAGAACCAACAACCAAGGUCACAUUCGAAUAGCUAGCAUCUGCUGGAAUUGAAGACUACUUUCGAGCAAGAAAACUCAAUGAGAAGCUGCUCAGAAACUCAACAUCAUGCUUCUCCCCAUCAAUGGUGUGGUGGAUGAUGCAGAACUGAAGCAGCUGAGAAAUCCAAACGUUAGAGCUUUGCAUGAUGCGGUCAAAGAUGCUGUUUUAGAUGCAGAGGAUCUGCUGGAAGAAAUUGACAUUGAACUUUCAAGAUGCAAACUCGAAGCAGAAUCUCAGUCCAGUGCUACUAUUAGCAAGGUAUGGAACUUUUUCAAUGUUUCUUCCAGUUCAUUUGACAUGGAAAUUGAAUCAAAGAUGCAAGAAGUUCUUGACAAUCUUGCUAGCAAACAGGAUAUAUUAGGUUUGAAAGUGGCUAAUAGUGGUUCUGGUGUUGGAUAUGAUAGCCAAGUGCUAAAAAAAAUCCCAUCAACAUCUUUGCCGGUCGAUUCUGUUAUUUAUGGUAGAGAUGUUGACAAGGACGUUAUCUAUGAUUGGCUGACAUCUGAUGCUGAUAAUGAUAACCGUCAGCUAUCAAUAGUUUCGAUAGUUGGUAUGGGUGGGAUGGGUAAGACCACUCUUGCCCAACACUUAUACAAUGAUCCGAAUGAAGAGUGUUUUGAAAAUUGGAUGUGUAUGAGAAUCACACUAGAGUGGGUGUGAGUGUGGGUGUGUGAUACCACAAUGAGAGGGUGUGUGUGAAAGAACCACACCAAAGUGUGUAGGAAAGCACAAAGAGUGCUUCCAUUUUCUGCACUCAGAACUUCAAUGCACCAAAAACAGUGUGUAUUCAUGACAACUUAACAAGUGAGUUUCAUGAUCUUCUGUGCAAAUGCCAAAUGGAAACACAUCAAAGGGCUUAUGCCAUGAGCUUUUUAGGUGUGAAGUAUACACCUUGCAUCUUAUGAUGAUGUCAUAUCAAAAAGAAAUUUUAAUACAUUCGCCACUUAAGCAACGAACGGAAUCCGCUACCUAAGUAGUGAACAGGGUAUUUUGGUAAAUUCGUAGGAUGCACGAGAAAUGCGAUAAGGUGGCAAAAGUAAUUCUCUUUGUAAUUAGGUUUAUUUAUUUAUUGAUUAGGUAGCCCACCUACAUUGAAACUAGAUGUUUUCUCUUCAAACCCCCCGUGAUUCUUUUUAACCCCCCAAUAUUCCAAUUUU